UGUUGUUUUACUGUCGAGGGGAAGAAAGCUUCGAGCUUCGAGGCCGUUGGAGGAUUUCUCGCCGCGAGGUUUUGCCUCCACUGCUAGGACGCAGAGUAUUUCCAGCGGAAGAAAUGUGUACGAGUUGAAUUUAAAGAUAAGAAGUUUGACGAGAAGCGGGCUGAUUGAUGAAGCUCGAGAAGUGUUUGAUAAAAUGGUUCAGAGAAACGUGGUGUCCUGGAACUCGAUGGUUAGUGGGCACGCUAAGCGGGGGGAAAUGACGAAGGCAAGGAAACUGUUCGAAGAAAUGCCCGAAAGAGAUGUCGUGUCGUGGAACUCGAUGAUUUCCGGGUACGUUUCGUGCAGGUUUCUGGAGGAAGCGAGGCGUUUGUUUGAUCGGAUGCCGAAGCGGGACACUGUGUCGUGGAACACCAUGAUCAGUGGGUACGCGAAGAACAGGAGGAUGGAUGACGCCUUGCAGCUGUUCGACAAAAUGCCUCAGCGGGAUGUUGUCUCCUGGAACGCUGUGGUUACUGGGUUUCUGCAGAACGGGGAGGUGUCACGUGCAAUUGAGUUCUUUAAUAGAAUGCCCGAGAGAGACGCUUCAUCAGUCAGUGCACUGGUAGCGGGUCUUGUUCAGAAUGGAGAGCUGGAUGCAGCUGCAAGAGUUCUUCUCGAGUGUGGGAAUGGUGAUUUCAGGGUACAUGAUUUGGUGCAUGCAUAUAAUACAUUGAUUGCCGGGUAUGGCCAGAGAGGGAAGGUUCAUGAUGCUCGGAUAGUCUUCGAUCGAAUUCAGAGAAAUUUGGUGUCAUGGAAUAUGAUGAUUAUGUGUUAUGUCAAGGCAAGGGAUCUUGUUCGCGCUAGAGAACUCUUCGAUCAAAUGAUGGAGCGGGACAAUUUCUCAUGGAACACCAUGAUUAGCGGCUACGUUCAGGCAUUAAACAUGGAGGAAGCUUCUAAGCUAUUUCUCGGAAUGCCAAAUCCAGACACUCUUUCGUGGAAUUCUAUGAUCUCAGGCCAUGGUGAAAUGGGAAGCUUGGAACUAGCUCGCGAUCUCUUCGACAAGAUGCCUGAGAAGAACAUAGUGUCGUGGAAUUCCAUGAUUGCUGGAUACGAAAAGAAUAAUGACCCCACCGGUGCUAUUAUCCUCUUCAUGGGUAUGCAGACAGAGGGAGAAAAGGCCGAUAGGCACACGCUAUCUUCAGUUCUUAGUGUCUCCUCCAGGUUAGCGAAUUUGCAAUUCGGUAUGCAAAUUCAUCAGCUGAUAUGGAAGACUUUUAUCCCAGACGUUACGAUCAAUAACGCCUUGAUCACAAUGUACUCGAGAUGUGGGGCAAUAUCCGAUGCAAGAUCAAUGUUCGAGGAAGUCAAAUUAGAGAGAGAAGUGAUCUCAUGGAACGCAAUGAUUGGAGGAUACGCAUCUCACGGCCAUGCUUCAGAAGCCCUGGAGAUAUUUCAAUCGAUGAAGCUGUUCGGAGUUCAGCCUACUCAUAUAACAUUUAUUGCAGCUCUGAACGCUUGUGCUCAUGCUGGACUUGUUCAAGAAGCCCGGAGGAUAUUUAAAUCCAUGGCAACUGAUUAUGGCAUCGAGCCAACGGUCGAACAUUUUGCAUCAUUGGUGGACGUCCUCUGCCGGCAUGGGCAGCUUGAAGAAGCCCUGAGUUUGAUUACUACCACGCCGUUUGGACCAGAUAAAGCUAUUUGGGGUGCGAUAUUAAGCGCUUCCAAGUUGCAUUACAAUGUUCGAACUGCUAGAAUUGCUGCUGAAUCAUUGAUGAGGCUAGAACCAGAGAGCUCGGCUCCAUAUGUGUUGCUGCAUAAUAUGUAUGCAGAUUUGGGACUAUGGAACGAUGCAAGUGAAGUGAGGUUGAUGAUGGAGAAGAACAAUGUCAGAAAGGAAGCAGCACAUAGCUGGGUGGAUUGAUUUAUUUCUCUCAUCCAUGACGAUCGCGGUUUAAAAUCCGUGGUAACUGCAUCAACUCGGUCAGCAGCAAGCAUUAGAUGCAUACUACGGGGUCAAUCAGGACCUGGAAGACAUCCAUGAGUAGCGCAGCCUGAGGUUAUUGGUUCUAUCAGCAGACAGGUUAGUUCAGGAUAAUAUAGAUGUCUUAGAUAUUGCCGCUCUCAGAAGAGGUUUAGAGCCUCUACCCUCUAUCUCUUCCAUAUUAAUAUCUUGUUGAACUUUGCUACUCGGCUUCAACGACCAGGAUAUGAAGACAUAUGAACACGUUUUUUCUCCCUCGUCUCGUGAAACAUUGAAUAGAGGACAAACCACUAGAAUGUCUGGAAAUGUUGCUAACUGGCAACUGCGCCCAUAGAUAUCAACAGCCGUUAGAGCACAGAGAUCUACACCACUGUCUGUGAAAUGUGUGCAGUGCAGGCCAAAGCACAAACGUUCUGGUAACGGAAUAUUCAACCAACUCUCUGCAAUCUUUCCCUUCCGAGAAAAUGUUAAAAUGCAGGACAAAAGGGACAGGCUUGUCUAGUUAUGCAGUCCCGUAUUCUCGAUUCUUUAGUUGACCGUCGUUCAUAUACCAUGAGACGUUGACAUAAUGACAUCGAUAAGGGAAUUACUUCUCCUAUUGGUCAGGAAAUUUUGCUAGCAUGUUGAUGAUAUUGUUGGCACUACGAUGGACUAACACCUUUUUCGAUGGAUUGCUCGACGCGAUCCAACUUUGCCAGCCUAUAACUUCAACCCAUCAGCACGCCAGCCGGAUUGUUGGUCAGUAAGGGCUAGAUUUCUUAUAAAUCAUGGGAAUAUGCAGUUUUCUGAGGGUUGAUAUGAUUUUUGUUUUCUUGGGCAGCAUCAGCAGACGGUUCCACUUUUGUCAAGUUGUGAGAUGACCACCACAAGUGUCUCAUCUGCAACUUCAUGAUGAGCAAUAGAUGUCGACGACAAAAAGAUUGACAUUCAUUCGUGGGAUACGGCAAGUAAGAACUUUUGCUUGCUGGCUUUCCUUUUUCAGCCUAGCUGCUUCUGUUUGUAGUCUAAUGAUUGUUUCCUUGGUGUUUGGAAGCUUUCCUCAACUCCAAACCAGCAAAAGCGAGAGGUUCCUUGGUAAGGGACCGGUUAUUGUAACAACACCCAUUGUGUUGUUAUUGUAACAACACUAGUCCCCAACCAAUAGGAAGCUAGGAUUGUGAUGACUUUUUAUUAGAUGAGUUGACCUAGUGUAAAAUCAAAGCAGGGGUAUAAUUGCCAUUAUGAAAAAUCUAUUUAAAUAAAAAAUAAAAAAAAUAAAAAAAUAAAAAAAUAAAAAAAUAAAAAAAUAUUUUUUUAUUUUCUGCCAAAAAAUUUGGUCGUCGGAAUUCUGCCACCGGUCGCCGGAAAAUGGUCACCGGUCACCGGAAUAUGCUUUUUGUCGCCGGAAUAUGCUAUUUUGUCAUCGGAAUAUGCUCACCGUCGUCGGAAUAUGCUUACCGGCGUCGGAAUAUGCUUACCGGCAUCGGAAUCUAGUCACCGGGGCCGGAAUAUGCUUAUCGGCGUCGGAAUCCGGUCACUGACGGUCAUCGGAGUUCGGUCAACGAACUUCGUUGACCGGUCAACGGUCUUCGUUGACCGGUCAACGGUCAACGACCACCGGAUGUUAUGGUCUGCAUUGUGAGAUUUAUGGUUUGGUUUCUCAUAUUUUUUUAUGCCUUUUAUGGUUUGUUUUAUCGUGUUUGUGGUUUGCAUUGAGAAGUUUAUGGUUUGCUUUAUCGUGUUUGUGGUUUGCAUUGAGAAGUUUCUGGUUUGCUUUCAAAAACUUUGUGGUUUGGAUUGUGAGGUUUUUGGUUUGUUUUAAUAUAUUUGUGGUUUGCGUUAGGACGUUUAUGGUUUGUUUUUUGUGGUUUGAUUUACUGUGUUUGUGGUUUGCAUUAGGAGGUUUCUGGUGUGCUUCGCAAAUAUUGUGGUUUGCUUUGUGAGGUUUGUGGUUUGUUUUAGGAGAUUUGUGGUAUGCAUUCGGAGGUUUCUGGUUUGCAUUAAGAAGUUUCUGGUGUGCUUUCGAAACUUUUCUGGUUUGCUUUGCGAGGUUUCUGGUUUGUUUUAAUAUAUUUGUGGUCUGCAUUAGGACGUUUUUGGUUUGCUUUACCGUGUUUGUGGUUUGCAUUAGGGGGUUUGUGGUGUGCUUUCGGAAUAUUUGUGGUUUGCUAUGUGAGGUUUCUGGUGUAUGUCAGGGGAUUUGUGGUUUGCUUUGCAAGGUUUAUGGUUUGUUUUAAUAGAUUUGUGUUUUAAUA